UCAAAAGGUAUCAAUAGCUUUAAUUUUCGACAAAGAAGAAGAUCAAUAACUGCUGGGACUUUUACUCUAUUCUGCUCUUCAUUCGUCACUUAAUCUCAUUGUUGGAAUUUGACAAUAUGGCAUUGAAGUACAUUGUUGGUUCUGCUGUGGCAUCAUUUUCAUUUGCAUACGUUUGUGACACUGCUUUGUCUGACCAUAAGUUGUUUGGAGGCAAGUUUCCAUUCCUUUGUUUAGCCCUUCAAUUUUAGGCUAAUUUAGGGGAUGGAGGGUAUGAGAUAGCGAAUAUACGUUUUUUGCAUCUCGAUUAAGCUUUUGAAGGGGAAAAAAAAUUGUUUAAUGAUCAGUAGUUCGUCUAUUCAAUCGUUUUACUUCUUCUUGUUGCUGGAUAUAUAUCUCGUUCGUGCACAUUUUCUCUUUAUUUCCCGAGCCUCUAGUGAGUUACUGGCAAUUUUCGAAAAGGUCAAAUCUUUGAUGAUAUUAUCAUCUAAGAUUGAGUUACGAAAAACUUCAAAUUCAUAUACCAAUAGAAAAUGUGAAGAACUUCUAGUGCUAGAAAAACUAAUUUCUUAUAAUAAUUACUCAAGACGGGCUUAAAUGGAGCGACAUGUCAUGCAUGAACAGUAAAAUUUUUAUAGCGAAUGUUGUUCUUUUCUGUUUAUAUUCACUUGUGGUAUUUAAAACUGGUACUACUCCAAAAACAGUUGCUACAGAUGAAUGAUGGAAAGAGACAGACAAAAAAUUCCAGGCGUGGCCUCGCACUGCUGGUCCUCCAGUGGUCAUGAACCCAAUCAGACGCCAAAAUUAUAUUGUCAAGUCUUGAUUGAAAAUUUACAUCUACGCCAUCUUUGUUCUGAUAGAUUUGUUUGGAAUAGAACCUUUUUUUUUUUUUUUUUUUCAGUUUGAGCCAGGAUAUGAUCUGCUGCUGGGUUCACAAGAUUUUCAAGCCCUCAGUUUCCUUCUAAGAUAAAGAAUUUCAUAGUUAGAUUCUAAUAAAUGUUUCUUCAGUUUCUGCUCUAAAUAUAUGAUUGAUGAAUUGUGAAGAUUAUAUGAUCUACUGGGCUCAUACUAGUUGCUUACGUUUUGGCUUUUCUUUAAUGAUUUAAAGUUAUUGGCUCUGUGCUAAACUCUGCUUCAGUAUAUGGUAUAGUGUAAAUACCGGGUGCAGGUAAAUAUUUAUCAAAUAUUUAUCGACAAAAUGUUUUUAUUUUUGGCAGGCUUCCUCAAAUAUAAAUAUUCUUUUCCUCUAGUUAAUUAGCUUAAGGUCCAAUUCAACACACACAUAAAUAAAACCAGUAUAAAGACAAGAAGUUUAGUGGUUGUCCUAGUCUUCUAGACAACACAUCUUUUUAACCUAUGUGUAACUAACCCAAAAAAAAAAAAAAAGAAUUAGACAUUGCUCAAGAGAGAUUAUGAAAUCCAAGCUGAAACUAUUGAUUGUUAAAUUUUCAUCUACCCAAGAGAUAAACGCAUAAAACAAGAUUAAAUUAAUUUUUCUUGCUAUUAAGCAGAAUAAAUUGUGAACCUUUUAAUCCUGCAGUAUAAUUACUAAACAGACCAGCAUCCACGGCAAAGAACUAGCUAGUUUAAAUCACAAUAUUUGGCACGGCAAAGUGAGAAACACUAAUGCAUAUUCAAGAAUCUAUAUAUACCAGUAUCUCCAAAGAAAUAUAUACACCAUUAUCCACAUCUUACAAUUCUCUUAUUGUGAAGUAUAUCUCUUUAAUCCUUUCAUUAGAUAUGAAGUUCCUAGUUCUUCUUUUGGCUAUUCUUGGAUUAUGGAUGUCUCAAAUUACAGCGCGUACACUUCCUGAAGAAUCCAUGAUGCAAAAAUAUGAGCAAUGGAUGAUUCAGUAUGGACGUGUAUACAGAACCAACGCUGAAAAAGAGAGUCGUUUCAAGAUAUUCAAGGAGAACGCAGAGUGUAUCGAAGCUUUCAAUAAUGCAGGAAAUCAGCCUUACAAGUUGGGAAUCAAUGCAUUUGCAGAUUUAAGCAAUGAGGAAUUUAGAGCUAAACGAAAUGGUUUGAAGAUUCCAUUCUGUGAACCAAAAAUUACUUCAUUCAAAUAUGAAAAUUUGACAGCAGUUCCAACAACUAUGGAUUGGAGAACAAAGGGUGCAGUUACACCUAUUAAGGAUCAAGGACAAUGUGGUAGUUGUUGGGCAUUUUCUGCAAUAGCUGCAACAGAGGGGAUUACUAAACUAUCAACAGGAAACUUAAUCUCUCUAUCAGAACAAGAACUGAUGGACUGUGACAGAACGAGUGAAGAUCAAGGAUGUGAAGGUGGUUACAUGGAAGACGCGUUCGAAUUCAUAGUGAAAAACAAAGGCAUAACAACUGAAAAAACAUAUCCAUACAAAGCUGCUGAUGGAAGUUGCAACACUAAAAAAGAAUCUUCUCAUGUAGCCGAUAUCAAAGGCUACGAAAAAGUACCUAAAAAUAGUGAAAAAGCACUUCUCAACGCUGUGGCAAAUCAGCCUGUUUCGGUGUCCAUAGAUGCUAGUGACUUCUCGUUCCAAUUCUACACGAGUGGAGUUUUUACGGGCACGUGUGGAACUGAGUUAGAUCACGGUGUUACAGCAAUUGGCUAUGGAAAAGCUGAAGAUGGGACUAAAUAUUGGUUGAUCAAGAAUUCUUGGGGUACUAGUUGGGGUGAAAAUGGAUACAUAAGGAUGGAAAGGGACAUUGAUGCUAAAGAAGGACUAUGUGGGAUUGCCAUGGAUGCUUCUUAUCCAACUGCUUAAGCAAACAGAAUUAUGUAUAGCCAAAUCAA